GUUGUGCGAUCGCGCUGAAUACAGCCGAAUGCUAUAAACGCGGCUUUACUCAGGCUUUACUUGUCCGCGCUUUGAGAGGCCAACACCCGUGUCGCGUGUGUGUGUGUGAAUCUCCUUCGGUUGCCGAUUUCUCGGAGUCGACCGAGAUCUCUCGUUCCCACGCGUUCGUUUAAUUGUGAGUCGAGUUGACAGCAGUUGACAAGUCUCCCGGAGUCGUCUCCCGCGAGUCGACCCGAGAGGAGAGGCCAUAACGAGGUGAGCGAGACGCGUCGCGGUGGUGAGCGGUCAGGACGUCGGAUGUGCCCCACUGAGGUGCCUCGAAGGCGAACAACGACAGCGGCAGAAGGUGGGAGUAGCAUCGCUCCUCGUACCUGGCUUUUAUGAGUGCGUAGGGAGCGUCGCGCAACAUUCCGCGCACAAGCAACGUCGUGUGCCGGGGGAUCUCGCGUGAAGCUUUCAUCAGCCAACUCACUCACGGUCGGUGAGUCAUCGUCAGUUGCCAAACCCAAACGGUUCGGAUCGCUCAUCGUUCUGGAGUUGAGGAUGGACCCGGAACGUAUCCAGAGCGCGUCGAAUGACGAGGGUCCGCUCAAGAGGGAUCACGAUUCCGUCGACGAUUUCGAGCAUCUCGGUCACGACGGUUCCCCGGACGAUCGUUCGGAUCAGCAGCAGCCGCUGCGAUUGAUCGAUGCGCCACGUGUCGAUGAUUUGUUAAAGAUCGGCGACUCCUUCCAGACAACCGACUCGGUUCUACCGAGCGCGCUCGUCGACGUAGAGACGAAAUCCGUGCCCGCGACGCCGCCGCCUUCCGCGGACUUUGACAAGUGCGAGGCUAUGGCGCAGUCGUCGGAUCCGUUCCAGCGUCCGCUGGACCCGGUCGAUCCUAAACUUGCCAGCAUGGCGUUCGUCGAGACCGAAAGGUCCUAUCCGGCACUCGCGCAUCAAUUUCACGACGAUGACAACGAGGAUGAUGGCAAGAUAGGUCUCCAGGUACCGUUGUUGCCGAUUUCCACCGCGACAGCUGACGUUCUGUCAUCGUCAGCGACCAAGACCACUGACAGCAACGUCCAACCUUUGGAAGAACCCGAAGAUAUUUCGAGUCUGGGCAAACAGCACGAGGAUCAUCAGGUCACUCCGUCGAGCGGUACCAAUCAAGUCGACGAGGAACUCGCGAGUCGAGAAGACAUUGGAUCAUCGGUGCUGCCAACGACGGAGAAAUCGCCGAUAGUGGAUUUCCUCGGGGACGAGGAUGCGCCGCCCAAGGAGGACAAGACCAGGAAUAUCAUGGACGACGACUCGUGGAACGUCGUGGAGAAGGUGGACGUGAAGCGGGAGCAGGGAGAAAAGGUGCCCGAGCCGCCGACGAAGCCGCUACCGCCCUUGCCUAAGGAGGCGGAGCUCCUGGAGGACAGUGCGCGCCAGGACAAGUACGAGAUGUCGAACGACUUUCCGGAGCCUGCCAAGCCGUCCGCCCCGCAGCGAGACACCGAUUCGGAGCACGAGAGCGCCAAACGGCAUCAAGCACCCAGAGCCAAGGAAACCGAUUACUCUCGUCCGGUUGGCAAAAAGAAGCAGGAAAUGGAGAUAGCACCGAAGGAGAUAUUCAGAGACAUGGGAUUAGAUGCAUGGUUUAAUCCUGAAAGACUGAAUCCGAAAGUGGCGGCUCUGAUAUAUUGGCGCGAUCCCAAAAAAUCAGGGAUUGUAUUCGGCACGAUACUAGGUGUGCUCCUAUCAUUGGCCUAUUUCAGUCUGAUAAGUGUGCUCGCUUAUCUGUCACUUCUCGUCCUUAGCGGAACCGUCAUUUUCCGCAUCUACAAAACCGUUCUUCAGGCAGUCCAGAAGACUUCGGACGGUCAUCCAUUCAAAGAUAUCCUUGAUCUGGACCUGGUAUUACCAGCUGAGAAGGUGCACGAAGUCGCGGAUGUCGCAGUCGCACAUGCUAACGCUGCCCUUAGCGAAUUGCGCAGACUGUUCCUCGUUGAAGACUUCGUCGAUUCUCUCAAAUUUGGCGUCUUACUGUGGUGUCUCACCUACGUUGGUUCUUGGUUCAAUGGCAUGACUCUCAUCAUAAUCGGAGUGGUCGCUCUUUUCACGCUGCCUAAGGUUUACGAAACGAAUCAGGAGCAGAUCGAUCAGAAUCUGGCUUUAGUUCAGGCGAAGAUCGCCGAAAUUACCGCUAAAGUGAAGGCGGCUAUCCCUCUCGGUAAGAAGGCCGAGCCGUUGAAGGAAGAAUAAAGAAGAAUCGUGCGCGAUGAUCGUCCAGCGGACAGCCGGGACAACAGAGAUAGAAAGGAUUAAAUUAGAAACGAAAGAAAGAAACGUUAAAAAAAAAGAGUGAGAGAAGAAGUUUGAGAGCGCGUGCGAGCAGGACAAUUUACGAUCGCGAGAAGUCUCACACAUCAUGUAACGGGCCCAGUAGUCGCGCUGGUGAGGGGAUAAUUAAUAAUUAACACGUGCGACAAUUAUCGUCGCGAGCUUCGCCGUCGUAUAAUUUCGGAGGAAAUAAAUAUAAUUAUACUUUUCCAAGGCACAACACGAUCGGCAAAGCCAAAUGGUCGCGCGCGCGCACCGACAUUCUGAUCACGAGAGCAAUCCUCAUCGAGGAACUAAACAACGCGAAAGAAAGAGCGAAUGUAUGCGUGUGUUUGCGUGAGAGAAAGAGAGAGAGAGAAAGAGAGAGAAAUAAAUAAGCAACACUUAGUAAUUAAUUAAUCGUUCAUUCUUGCGGUAAAAAAUAAUGGCAUAUUUUUAGCUAGUUGUAACAGUGCAAUGUACGUAGGGCUAUUUUGGAUCAGCCCUUCUCCUCUCCCUUCCACCCUUUUUUGUCGUAUUCUUCGUCAAAUAUGUUUUAAUGAUUAUCAUAAACUUCGUGUUUUUACCUAUCUAAUGAUGUCCUUUGUUUCUCUUCGCAAAAAUGAGAAGUUGUACAAGAGCGAGCGAGAGAACGAAUGCGUUUAUGAAUGCGUAAGAGAGACUGAGUAAUAAGACUCCACGUGAUUUAUUAUAGUCCCGUCUUUGGAGCAUCGUAUUCGAUUAGCUUGGAUCAUUCUUCGCAAACCGGAUGUCACUAAAGUAAUCAUUCGAACCCGUGACGUGACGAAAUAUAUAUAUAGUGAGAAACCAGAGGUGUCGGAGGAUCGUGAUACUUUAAAACGGACAGAGGAGGAGUGAAUGGUGAUUAAUUGAACGGGAUACGUUCGUAUAAACGGAAUCGUUUAUCCCUCGGCGAUGGAUUUUAAAGUAAUUGUCCGAUUUGCAGCGAUCUCCCCAUCUUCUCGAUGUUUUAAGUUAUUGUUGCGUUUGAGAAAAUCGAACAGGAGUUAAAUGACGAGUUAAAUUAUGCAGAAACGUAUAUAUUGUAUCUGUCUCUCAAUGACGUUGACGUUUGCAUAAUAUUAUUGCUACUGCAUCAUUAAUUGUAAUUACACCGUUAUGUACACACGUGCGUGUAUAACGUAUCGCUUCUACUCACAUGCGCAUCUGUGCAUAUGUGUACAAACACGCGUGUAUAUAUAUAUGUAUAUGUGAAAGAGAAGGAUAGUCAUCAAAUCGAAUGAUCCUAAAUGAAUAAUGAGAUACGGAACACAUUGUACGGUGAACGAUGAAGAUGCAACUUUAUAUUAUAUCAUAAUAUCUAUCUAUAGUUAUCGAGAAAACAUGUGUUUUUAUCGGGACCGAUGGCAAAAUGUUAAGAAUGUGAAUUGUAAUACGCGUAUUGCUUCUUGUCGUUUUCAUUAUUGCAUCUGCAUCUGCACGAUUAAUUUAUAAAUAAAUGAUAUUAAAUAAGAUAAAAAAA